UCAACACUUGCUGUUUUGCUGCAGAACGUUUCACAAUGCUCUUCGAAAUUGUUCUCUGGAUAUUAAUUUCCACAUGUGCCACCUUGCUCUGGGACCCGUUAUACUGGUUGACUGCGCCCACGGAGCCCAGCGUGUCCACAGGAGGCUUAUAUGACCGUUAUGACUACAUAAUCGUGGGUGGAGGCUCGGCGGGAUGCGUACUGGCUAACCGCCUGUCGGCUGACCCAAGCACGAAGGUUCUCUUGAUUGAGGCUGGAGGCAUGGAGAAGCAUUACGUGAACUUGCUACUCUACCCAAGGGUGCCCAUCGAUACGCAGAUUCCACUUUUUGCACCGCUGAUCAUCGGCAGUGAAGUAGACUGGAAGGACUAUCCAGUACCUCAGUCCCAGGCCUGCUUAGCUAUGGAGAAUCAGGUCUGCCGGUUGGCACGGGGAAAGGGCUUGGGAGGAUCCAGUGCUAUGAACUUCAUGUUGUAUGUUCGUGGAAAUCGGCGCGAUUACGAUAUUUGGAGAGACCAGUUUAAUGCAACAGGUUGGGGAUACCAGGACGUGUUGAAGCACUUCAAGAACAUCGAAACGUCGGAGGUGCCAUUCCAGGACCAAGAAUAUCGUGGCACAUCUGGAGAAGUACCUGUAACGUAUGCGAGGUUGCAGACUACGCUGAGCACUUCCUUCUUGUAUUGGUGCUUGAGUAACGGCUACAAAAUCACCGACUACAAUGGAAAGAUCCCAGGCUGCUCCAGAGUGCAGGCGAACAUAAAGAAUGGCCAGCGCUGGAGCGCUAACAAGGCUUUCAUUGUGCCUAUUUUAUUCAGAGACAAUUUGCACAUUUCGAUGCUGAGCCAUGCUACAAAGGUUCUUUUUCAUGGAAAGAGAGCCAUCGGAGUACGUUUCAUCCAUCGUGAUCGGGAAUUCAACAUCAUGGCUGAUCGCGAGGUUGUGAUCUCUGCUGGGGCCAUUGGUUCUCCUCAGCUGCUCAUGCUGUCCGGCAUCGGCCCUCGAAGUGACCUGGAGAAAUUACAGAUUCCUGCCAUUGCUUAUCUCCCGGUUGGCGAAAACCUUCAAGAUCACAUGCACGUCCCUGGCAUUGGUGGCACGCUACGUCUUCCCUGGAGUAUCAGCUUUUGGGGUUAUAUAUGGCACAGGCUCUGGAACUUAGGAAAAGAAAUACCAGCAAUAUACCCAGGUGAACUGACAAUUCCUGGAUCCAUUGAAGCUCUCGCAUUUGUUAGCACAUCGUUUGUGAACGAGUCGCUGGAGUUUCCGGACGUGGAAAUCGCCUUGCAUUCCUUCUCUUCUUCAGAUAAUUUAUUCGAAUACUACCUAGCAAGAACAGGUCUCCGAAAAGAGGUUUAUAACCAAUACUAUCUCCCUCAUCGAAACAAUUGUGGCUUUUCUCUGGUUCCUGUGAUGAACCGACCGAAGUCUCGUGGAUAUGUGAAGCUCCGGACAGCUCAACCGUCUGAUAAACCCAUCAUCAACCCAAGAUAUUUGAGUCAUCCUGAGGAUGUUAAAGUUGCCAUUGAAGGGGUCAAGAUAGCUCUGCGCCUGAUGAACAGCGAAAUCCCGAUGAACUUCACAGUUCAGCCUUGGAACAUUCCUCUUAAGCAGUGUGAAGGAACAGGUCCAAUUUGGAGCGAUCCGUACCUGGAAUGUUUCGUGCGGCAUAUGGCUCACACCACGUGGCACCCCUGCUGUACGUGUCCCAUGGGCUGGCAUAAAGGGGCAGUAGUGGACCAUGAGCUCAGAGUUUGGGGAGUCCAGAAGCUGCGCGUGGUGGACGCCUCUGUGAUGCCAAUAAUAGUCACCGGAAACCUCAACGUACCUACCAUGAUGAUCGCCGACAAAGCAGCUGAAAUGAUUCUGAAAGCCAAUCCUUUAAUAAAACAGCGCUAUUAA